UAAAUCUAGUUGUAUUUUUGAACGUCGAUAGUAUCGAAUGUGAAAUAAAUUUGUGCAGCUCUACAACCCUAGUCAACAACAACCCUACGUAUAAAUAAACUUAAAUUCAGUAAAAUCUAUGAAAUAAGUGAAACACAAACAGUGCAAACAGGCGAGAGUCGGAAAAAUAGAGUAAAGAAAACAAGUGAGGAGCAUAGCUUAGCAGAAGCAAGUGGACAUUUCAGACAUGGCGAACCUUCUGGAGAAUCAACUGUUCACUGCGGCCAAGACCAUUGAGCAGCAGCUGGACCAGCAGUUGGACCGAUUGGACAACUUAGACUCGGAUGACCUGAAGGCCUUGAGAGAGCAGCGGCUUCGCGAGAUGAAAGAGCUCAACAACAAGAAGCAGGAGUGGCUGAGAAACGGCCACGGCACCUACUCGGAACUUGCCGACGAAAAGGAGUUUUUCGAGAUGUCGAAAAAAUCACCCAACAUUGUGUGUCACUUCUAUCGCGAUAGCACCGAACGCUGCAAAAUCGUGGACAUGCACCUGAAGAUCCUUGCCGCCAAGCACGUGGAGGCCAAGUUCUGCAAGGUAAAUGCGGAGAAGACACCAUUCCUUACGCAGAGGCUGCGCAUCAAGGUGAUCCCUACCAUUGCCCUGGUGAAGGAUAGCAAGACCAAGGACUUCAUUGUCGGCUUCACCGACCUCGGGAACUGCGAUGACUUUGCAACAGAGAUGCUGGAGUGGCGCAUCGCCCACUCGGGGGCUAUUGAUUACAAGGGGGAUCUGAUGCAGCCGCCAGAUGUGAAGCGAAAGCCGUUCAUGAACCGCCCACAGAAGACAAUACGCGGCGGCUACGACUCGGAUGACUCCGAUAUCGAUCUGGAUGACUAACUACGGGCAGCCUGAUCCCACACUUUCGUCGAUACCAGCUCCCCCAGCUCCAGCCCCACACUCCACCCACACAAAGAAACACUCAAAAGCGAUGGGGAAAACAAAACAGAUACACAAAUCAAAACCUAGCACAUGGAUCUAAACCAAUUAGGCGUACUUUAGCGUUAUUUAUUUAAUUAUACGAUUCUGAUCGGUAUGCUACGGCGGCUCCCGCAUCCCCACAUCCCCACAUAGAAUAAGUGGCUUAUUCGGUUGCCUUUUACCCCACUGCCCCCGAUUAUGUGCUUUAAUAUCUGUCUAUCAGUUCAAUCAGCUGCCUCGACGGCUGAGCCACCCUAGCGAGCUUAAGCUAAUAUUACUCAAAAUUUGAUCUUUAUGGUAUUCUGUAAUUCCAAAUCAUUGUGCACUAUGAAAAUAUACAUGUUCAGUUGAUGGUUUCGCAAUGUU